AUGGCAUCUCCUCAAGCGGCAGACUACCUAUCAUUCACAUCAGCCAACGCCUUGAUAUCGGACCUACGCCCAACAACCUUAUCCCUUCCCGCUCUUCAGGCGCUCAAUGCGUUCCUCGAUGAGAUACUCAUAUCGCUCAUAACCUCGGCGGAAUCGAUCAACCCAUCUGAUCUGAGGAAGGAGGGUGUUCCAAGUGUAUUUACAGGCGAUAAUAAGGCUACACAGGGAGGGGAAAGCACGAAUGUACGAGCAUUGGGUAGAUCAGCUGUAGCUGAGGCGGAGGUGGAAUUGAGAAGCUGGCUGGAAGGUAGGAGACAAGGGAAGGGUUUUGAGCCUGAUGGUCAAGGUAAUGGAAUGAGGAACGGUAGAUCGUUGAAUGUGGAAAAGGCUGUUGAUCUUCUAAGGUCAAAAUGCGUCUCUUACUCUACGAUGGCUUCACAACAGAAUGCAGACGAGGCGGCGGAAGAGGAGAUACUCUCGCAGUGGCAAAAGGCAGGCGGCGAUCCUUCGGAAGAUACGGUCGAACCUGCUGCUUUGUGGAUGACAGCUAUCAUCGAACACAUAUGCGAACAUGUACUAUCCCAACUUGCAAGCGUGGUAGCUAGAGAUUCGGAGAUAGUGGUUGCCGGACCUCAGGAGCUAUAUACAGCGUUAUGCGAGGAUGAGAGUGUAUGGGGAUUGUUCAAAAAAAUGAAAGUCAAGGACCAACUGGAAACAACUAUCCGUGCUGGCUCACGACACAAGAGGUCCAAUCCUUCGCGGCCUGGAACGAGCCAUUCAGCCGGCGGUCGAGCUUCACCAUUAGCAUCUGGAUCACCUCAUGCGUCCAAGAUCUCUUUGGGACAUCAACGAGAGGGCUCGUUCGAAGCAAGUCGAAAUGUCACAUCCGCCCAGUCGAAUCAUGAUUCUCGUUCGUCUGUCGAUACCAACUGGUAUGGUGGAAUAGCAGGAGGAGUGAUGCGAAAAGGAUCACAACUCAGUAAGAAAUCAUCCAACUCGCCUGGGAAACACCAUUUGCUCCGUGCACAGGGUCACGAGAGGUCAGGCAGUGUCUUAAGUGAGAAUACCCGAUCGAUGCUUGGCGCUUUCCAUGAUUCAUACCAUGACCAUGAGGGAUUGAAUGGAGACGAUGAGCAGUCAAUUCAAGAGGCACAAGAGGAGUUUGAUGCGUUGGUGAGAAGUGGUGAGACGAUGAAAGUUAGCUUGACACCAAGUCGACUUAAAAAUUUCGAUGGGAACCCGAAUCGUCGUCGAGCGACUGACUCUCCUAAUCAAUCCAUAUCCGCUAAGUCAACUAGAUCGGAAAACAUAUCUCCUGCUCAAUUCCCUACGCCACUUUCCACUCAACCUCGAGCUACAGCUACUGAUAAUGCCAAUCGAGCACCGUCUGCUCAUUCCUCACCGAUCCAACAAUCCUCUUCCCUUCUGUCCGGCAGACCCCGUGCUAAUUCGGCUCAACUCAGAAUGCAGGCACGAGCUGCGUCUACGAUGGAAGAAAAGGUCGGUGAAGAAGAUGCAUCAGCAUUUGUCGGUCGGCCUGGAGCCAAAAAGGAGAGUUUGAUGGAAUUGCUUGCCUCGGAAGGUGCAUAUGAACCUACUAGUCCUACGAAGAAAGGAGGAUUGAGCUCACCUGGUCAAGAGAAGCUCAAGAGGACUGUACCGGCCGUUGUGUUAGGCACACCGCCGCCACCCGCACCAACGUCGACUUUCCCUUCUCCUAGCAAAAAAGACGAUCCUCGAGCUACGCAACCAUCAGAUGUCACUGCCGGUUCUUCACCGUCGAAUUAUUCCCAAUCGCAAAUCGCUUCACCCCAAAGCUUACCUCAAACCGACUUUUCACCUCAACCAACUCUGACCAGGUCCCAAUACUCCUCGUCUACCCUGAAUCGACCUAAUGGUCGAUCUCAUGAAGCGUUGAACAGAGACGAAGAAGGGGAAGAUGAUUAUGCUUUUCCCGGACAAAGGAAAGCAAAGAAGAAGACCGAAGCUCAGGAAUUAGCUGAUUUUUUCAACAAUACCCCUCCACCGCAAUCUACACCCACCUUGAGAUCCACUCCUCCUGACAUCGCUGAAGAGGAAUUAAACGAAGCUCCUCAAACUGCUAAACCCGGUAAAGGAUUCCGAGCGUUGGUAUCGAAGGUGACUAAAUCGAAGAAAGACAAAGAUAAAGAUAAAUCACCAAUAUUGACUUCAUCUUCAUCUUUUUCGAAAUUGAACUCCAACUCUGUCAGUAGAUCUGAAUCUCACAAUACCGGCAUGAACGUUGGUGGGCCCAGGAUAAGUGGAUGGGCAGGAUUUGAAGAUCCAACUUCACAACCUGAAUUAGGGAAAAAACAGAAAUCAUUACAUUCUUUGUCGUCUGUUCCGAUUGCCUUUAGACCUUUUGCAACUCAUGAGGAUUACGCGAAUGCCGAUAGAGAUAAAAGAAAGGGAAGUAAUGCGAGUAGAACGUCUGAGGCCGCUAGAGAGGCUUCUGCGAAGUUCGCUGAGAGGAGAGGUAGUGCGGCUGGGUUAGCCCUAGGUUUGGCCAGUGAAAGAAGAGGUAGUGCGUCCGCGCUUGGCACCAGUAGUGCUGUUUCUUCCCCUGUCGAAAGAAGAGGUAGCCAUCCUGUGAUUCACAAUCAGGAUAAACCCGAGCAGGGUAGGAGAGGGAGUGAGAAUCGAAAGAUGAUUGGGUUAGGUAUCGGUGCGGUGAAUGAAUUAGAUGAUAAGGAUAAUAACCCAAGACUCAAAGAUCAGAAUGAAAGUCCAGUACUAGGUCAACAGCAAAUCGCCAGUCCACCCACUGCUUAUAAGGAACGAGGACGACCGGAAUUAGAAGGAUUGGCUAUACCAGGAUCAGCGACAUCAUUCAAAACUGCACAUUCUGUGCUAUCGCCUCAAUCAACUUACAAUACUCCUCAGAUGAUUAUACCCAGUCCAGUCAAAUCUGUUUCUAGUCAAUCCAAAGCAACUUCGACUGAAGAUGUGAUUGUACCUAGAAAACCAGUUUCCGAGACUGGUACUCAAACGCCUAUUCCAACUCCUAAAGAACUCGAACUACCUUCUCCUUCUAUACCUAUCAAUGACUUGGUGCCAUUACGAAGACUAUUAGAUCACGCUACGAGCGUAAGAGAAUGUAAGUUGUUGUUAGAUGCGAUUUUGAGUCAGUUUGGUGUACCUCGACAAUUGUCAUCGGACGAUCAGUCUGGUGAAGUGGCGGUGGGUCCUGAAGAUAGAGUCACGGCGUGGUUAUCAGCCGGAAGAGAUGGACCUGUGGGUGAUACUCGACGAGAUGAAGAGGAGAAAGUUGAUAUGACUCCCGUUCGUUCCACUACCAAUCACACUAGCCAGGCUUAUUCUCAGAAGACACAUCAAGGUUCCUCUGGGCAACCACGAAAUUCGGAUAUAUUCAGUGAAGGUGAGAACACAAACACAUUGACAGACUAUGAGACUGAAGGAGAGACAGACAAUGAAACAGGAGUGAUUGUGGCGCGGGUCAACGGGGGAAAGGAAAGAAGACAGAGUAGUCCGGUUAAAUUGGUAAGAACGGGGAAUGAAAUUAUAGUUUGA